ACAGCUUCUCCGUCCUCUCUCCCUCUCCCACCAUGUGAAGCUGUAGAGAGCUGAAUCCUGGAUCAUCGCUUUGGUGAUGGUGGAAAAGCAUUUCAUGAGGACCUAACAGAAGACUGGAUGAGGUUGUAGCUAUGUUAACGUUCAGGUGGGGGGCGUGGCCUCUCUCCCCCUGUGGCCUUAUGCUAGUCGUCUUUUCGUCUAUGUGUCUGUCCCAGCAGACGAGCGUCAAACCUGCAGACUGCAGCAGGAAGGAGCAUCCUGUCGUUGUGUAUCAAGCAUUAAGGCCGUGGAUGUCAGAGUUCUCUCAUCGAGGAGCGAAGGAUUUCUCCCAGCUCGGCCUCGACCUGAGCCGACAGCAGAUCAUCGUGGGAGCAAGAAACUUUCUCUUCAGACUGAGUUUGAACAACGCUUCAUUAAUACAGAUGACAGAGUGGGCGCCGGAUGAAGAAACAAAGCGCUCAUGUCAGAGCAAAGGGAAGACUGAGGAGGAAUGUCAAAACUACAUCAGGGUAUUGUUGAUAAGCGGGACGACCCUCUUCACAUGUGGGACAAAUGCUUUCACCCCAGUCUGCGUAACCAGACAGAUUGAAAACAUGAGCCAGGUGUUGGACACUGUAAAUGGCGUUGCUCGAUGUCCCUACGACCCUCGGCAUAACUCCACUGCCAUGGUAACAGAGCGCGGCGAGCUUUAUGCAGCCACAGUGAUCGACUUCUCUGGACGUGACCCCGUUAUCUACAGAAGUCUGGGGAACAUGCCACCACUUCGCACCGCUCAGUACAACUCCAAAUGGCUCAACGAGCCACAUUUUGUGUCGGUUUAUGAGAUUGGUCGCUUCGCCUACUUCUUCCUGAGAGAAACAGCGGUGGAGAAUGAUUGUGGGAAGAUGGUGGUGUCCCGUGUGGCCCGAGUCUGUAAGAACGACAUGGGCGGGCGUUUCCUGUUAGAGGACACCUGGACCACUUUCAUGAAGGCGCGACUGAACUGCUCACGCUCGGGAGAGAUCCCUUUUUACUUCAACGAGCUGCAGAGCACAUUUUACCUCCCUGAGCAGGAGCUGAUCUAUGGGAUCUUCACCACCAACGUGAACAGCAUUUCAGCAUCUGCUAUCUGUGCCUUUAACCUCAGCUCCAUCACUCAGGCCUUUAACGGACCCUUCAGAUACCAGGAGAACCCUCGCACUGCCUGGCUUGCCAUGCCAAACCCCAUACCCAACUUUCAGUGUGGGACUUUAGAGGAAGGAGGCCCUGGGGGAAACCUGACCGAGCGAAGCCUCCAGGAUGCUCAGCGGCUCUUCCUCAUGAAUGAUGUGGUCCAACCGGUCACCAUCAACCCUCUGUUCACCCAGGACAACCUGCGCUUCUCUAGGCUGGUGGUAGAUGUUGUGCAGGGCCGAGACAGACUCUACCAUGUCAUGUACAUUGGCACAGAAUAUGGCACCAUCAUGAAAGCUCUAUCCACCACCAAUAAAAGCCUUCAUGGCUGCUACCUGGAGGAGUUGAGGAUCCUCCCUGAAGGAAAAAUUGCUCCAAUCAAAAGCCUGAAACUCCUCCAAAAUGACAGAUCUCUGUUUGUGGGGCUGGAUGAUCGACUGGUGAAGAUUCCGUUGGAGCGCUGCUCCAGCCAUUGGUCAGAAAGUCAGUGUUUGGAGGCUCGGGACCCGUACUGUGGCUGGGACCUGAAACAGAAACGCUGCACGACCAUUGAAGAGAGCUCCAACAUGAACCAGUGGAUCCAGAAUAUCACUGAGUGCCCAAUGAGGAAUCUGACACAGAAUGGCGGUUUUGGUCCCUGGGCUCCGUGGAGACCUUGUAACCACGAUGAUGGGGAGGGCUCUGUCAGCAGCUGCAUGUGUCGGUCUCGAUCGUGUGACGGACCCGUGGCUCGGUGUGGAGGAGUAGAGUGUAAGGGGUCCACUAUCCAGGUGGCAAACUGUUCCAGGAAUGGCGGCUGGACUCCAUGGUCAUCAUGGGGUCAGUGCAGCAGCAGCUGUGGGAUCGGAUUUGAAGUGCGACAGAGGUCCUGUAACAACCCAUCACCUCGUCACGGGGGUCGCAUCUGCGUCGGCCAGGGUCGAGAGGAGAGGCUUUGUAAUGAUAAAAAGCCAUGUCCCCUCCCUGUGUUAUGGACGUCUUGGGGUCCCUGGGCUCACUGCAGCGCUGAAUGUGGGGGAGGGGUUCACUCAAGGACAAGAACCUGUGAGAACGGAAACACCUGUCCUGGAUGUUCAAUGGAGUAUAAAGCCUGUAACUUGGAGGCAUGUCCUGAGGUACGUCGUAACACUCCCUGGACUCCCUGGAUACCCUUCAACGUCAGCCAUGAUGGGUCUAGGCAGGAGCAGAGGUUCAGGUACACGUGUCGGGCCCUGCUCCCUGACCCUCAACAACUCCAACUUGGAAAGAAGAAACUAGAGACCAGAUUCUGUCCCAAUGAUGGAUCUGGAGCCUGCCAGACUGAUGCUCUUGUCGAAGGUUUGAUGAAGACAAGUGGUCAAACUUUGUCCCAGCCACAAGGUGUGCGGUGGGAAUCUUGGGAAACGUGGUCCACCUGUUCCCAGCCAUGUUCCAGAGGCUUCAGGACGAGGAAACGAAGCUGCUCAACGGCUGAAGGACGGAUCAAUCCCAGCUCUUGUGUGGGAUCACCUGUGGAGUAUCAGGACUGUAACAUGCAGCCCUGCCCAGUGAAUGGAGCGUGGUCCUGCUGGUCCUCCUGGUCUCCAUGCUCCUCCAGCUGUGGUGGCGGACACUACCAGCGUACUCGGACGUGCAGUAACCCACUGCCUGCCAGUGGAGGGGACAUCUGUAUUGGGCUGCACACUGAGGAGGCACUCUGUAACACUCACACAUGUGAAGGUUGGGGUGAGUGGACAGGUUGGGGCGACUGUGAUGAUGACGGUCUGCAGCAUCGUACUCGUCACUGUGGAGACGACCAGGAGGCGGAGUCAGGGCUGUGUCAGGGAAACAUCACACAGUCUCGUCCUUGUCAGCCUCAUGAGGUGCCUGUGAUUUUACCAGGACAGGAGAACCAGAGCUGUGGAACCUUCACUCUGUUCCAGCUGGUUGCUGUUGGUUUGGCCAGUUUCUUUGCUGCAGCGUUACUGUCAGCGCUCACCUACUCGUACUGCUACCACCUGAACCGGCCGUCUGCAGAGUCCGCCGUCAUCCACCCCAGCACCCCCAACCACCUAACCUACAACAAACAGGGCAACGCCAUGCCAAAGAAUGAGAAGUACAUCCCCAUGGAGUUCAAGACGCUAAACAAGAACAACCUCCACGUGAACGACGAGACAUGCAACCACUUCCCCUCCCCACUCCCUGCCACCAAUAUGUUCACCACCACCUACUACCCCCCCAGCCUGAGCAAGUACGACUUCCACCCGGACUCACCCUGCAGGACCUACCUGCACAGCUGAAAGGAAAGCACACAAACACCAACCUUCUUCACUCACCCAAUAACACUCUAUCCAGAGAACAGAGAAAUCCUUGGAUUGACCUGAACAAUUCUAAUCAGGACUUUCUCCCUGAUCAUUUGGGAGUUUUUUCUGACCUAAAAUCAGGCUUCAAAUAGUCUGCCUUACCUUGCAGGAUGGGAAGUAAUUUCAAGAAACAAAGAUGUUUAUGGAAACCAAAUUUAACAGAAGUUAAGGCUUUCCAGAUAAACAUCCAUGUUAAAUUUAACAAGCAAAGUCAUACCAGUAAUUAAUGAUUAACUCAUUCAUGGACGAGUGUUCAGCUCUUUUACAUCACCCAGGAGAAACUUGCUUUGCUCUUUGUCUGAACAUACUAAACUGGGUUUUCACCACACUUUUGAAGUCCCAUUUAAAGGCUGGGGUUUUUUCUACUUCCAUUCUUUAAGAGAAGCGUUCUCUGUGUGUUCUGGGCAAGAAAAAAGAAGUAAACUUGAGAAUCUUUGUGUAGUCAGGUAACAUUUUCAGGAUCUAUCCCCGCCACAAAGACACGAUUGCAGCAGCAUAAGCUAGCCAAUACAAAACAACCCUUUAAAGGACAUUUGUUUACUCCUUUCCUUCUUCUACACCUUCUCUGAGGCGUUUGGGACACUAAACACGCGGUGAGGACUGGGAGUCGACCUUUGUCUUUCCCUUUUUUUCCACUUGACUGAAGGUUUCUUUUGUAACAUGUUUACAGGUGGGCGUCAUGGAUGAAAUUUGACUCGGACACUUUAAGUGCAAGUUUCAAAAAUGGACAUCUGAAGAUGUGAACAGAGUCUUGUUUGCUUUAAUUCUUCAUUUGAGCAGAAUCAGCCAGAAAACAACACUGAAGAGGACACUUUGUUUGACUCACCUCACUUUGUACUGUACACUGUAAAAAAAAAAGAUCAAAUGUGAGUGGAUUUUUUUGUGAUUUUGUCAAGACAGUAAGCAUUUUGUUUUUCAGUCACUCUUUUCUGGAUCUAAAUGCAAAAAGGUUUGUUUUUCAAGAAUCACCAAAUAUAGUGCAGAUAAACUUUUAUAUACAGUAUCAGAGACACUUACCAGAAGUUAAUGUUGCAAUUUUUUUUAACAAAAUGUCACUGUUUGAUGGUUUAAAGGUACUUUUUAAGCCUGGGCUGUUUUUUUUGUUUUGGUUUUUAACAAAUGUAUGGGAUUUAUUAGUACAGAAAGAAGUAGAAUAUCUCCUGUAGAUCAGGGGUGUCAAACUCAAUCACAGCAGGGGCCAGAUUCUGGAUUUAGGUUUAACCUGAGGGCCUACUCAGGUCAACACAACCUUAAACUGUCAUCCUCAUUUUCACCAGUAAUAAAAUAUGAUAAAAUCAGCACUUAAUGAUAAAUCUUUGGAAAUUCAAAAAAGUAAAAAUGAUAAGUUUAAAGGCUCAAAAUCUGAGAUAAAUGUCCAACUUAUUAUUUCAAAAGGUUAGAACAUGUUAUCAA